UGAGGCAGCAGUGAAGGUGUGGCAGCAGUCAUGAGGAGGAAGCCUAUCCGUGACAUUCAAAUGUCAGUGGGCGAAACUUUGCGGAACUUUUCCUGAUUGUUUGUCUUCAUUCCUCGAGCCCCGUUCAAUUCAGCACAUGAAAGCGUUGUAGGAGGAGGGAGGUCUGAGGAGCCCAAGAACAAAUCUGGAGGCUGUACAGAAGCAGGGAGCGCCGCAGGUUGGAUUUCGCUUUCUUCUUGAGGACCUGAACUUGGCACUGGUGGAUCCCGAACCUCCGCUUCAUGCACGUUGCUCCUGAGAUUUGGAGUAAACCUCACGAUCUGCCAUGGACAGAGCUUAACAGCGGGGCGAAGAGCUUGCUGUGCACUUAUUAUCUAUUUUUGAGCCUCAUUUCUAGACUUUGCUUGUCUUUUUCACUUUUUUUUGCAGCACUUCCUUUUCCUACCUGUCUCAAUCACUCCUCAUACAGCGACCAUGCGUAGAUUCAGCUCUGAGGGAUCCCUCCUGGAUCUUGACUUCCUCCCAUGGAAGAGGGUGGCACUGAAGAACCCAGAUUAUGAGAGGAAUCGGGAGUCUGGCACCUACACGCCUCACACGGUGAAAGACGAGGUGCAUAAGAGGUCAGCCGGCCUGACUCCCGCUAUCCAGGAACCCAUAUCGAGUCCCAGUGAGGGGGGCAAGAAAGAGCUGACCAAGGAGCACAGCGUCAGUGUAGAGAACCUUAGCGAGCUGGGGAAACUGGACAAGAGCCACCUGGGAGUGUGUGUCAUCAAUGAAGGCUGCAGGGCCUACAGCGACAGCCAGCUGGCCCCAGCCGCCGAGGACAGCAGUGAAAGUGUGGAGACAGAUGGCCCGCCUUCCGCAUCUCCAUCGCCCUCCUCCAACCCCUUCUCCUUCAUAUCGCUGCACAGACAACACCAUAAACCCAAACUGGCAGCUGCGAAACUGCACCUCAAGAGUCUUUUUGGGCAGAGCCCUCAUUCCUCCAAUUCCAACCUGUUCAACACAGAGCAGAAAGACAGUGCUACAGAGAGGAGGUCUCACCUGCACUUCAUGCGUCAGUGGAGUCAGGUGGGCCACAGCAGGAAGAGGAUGAUCAGCCGAGAGGAGCUGGAAAAAUGGGCCCAGUCCCUUAACGCCCUGCUGGCCAGUCAAACUGGUGUGUCAGUGUUUGGAGCAUUCCUGCGCUCUGAGUUCAGUGAGGAGAAUCUGCAGUUCUAUCUGGCCUGUGAGCAGUACAAACACUCGUCCAACAACUUCAGCCUGCACAGGAGGGCCAAGGACAUCAGCGCCACUUACAUCCAACCAGGGGCCCCACGGGAGGUGAACCUGGACAGUAAAACCAGAGAUCUGACCAUCCAGCUGCUGCAGGCUCCGUCUCACACCUCCCUGUCCCACGCACAGAAACGCAUCUACUCGCUCCUGGACACGGACUGUUACCCCCGUUUCCUCCAGUCCAGCAUCUACCUCUCCUUACUCCAAGAGGCCGAGUAGAAAUCGCAUGUUGAUGACACCCUUUUGGACUCGGGGGGGGGGGACAGCAGCUUGGUGGUUUUCUUCUGAAAGGAAGA